GCUUAUAUUUGGCACUCUUUACCCCGCGUAUUAUUCUUACAAAGCCGUGAAAUCAAAGGACAUCAAAGAAUAUGUCAAAUGGAUGAUGUACUGGAUCAUAUUUGCGCUUUUCACGACAGCAGAGACGUUCACGGAUAUCUUUCUUUGCUGGUUUCCAUUCUACUAUGAACUCAAAAUAGCUUUUGUAGCUUGGCUGCUCUCUCCAUACACAAAAGGCUCCAGCCUCCUGUACAGGAAAUUUGUUCAUCCAACACUUUCUUCAAAAGAAAAGGAAAUCGAUGACUGCCUCGUCCAGGCAAAAGACCGGAGCUACGAUGCCCUCGUGCACUUUGGGAAGCGCGGGCUGAACGUCGCAGCCACGGCAGCUGUCAUGGCAGCUUCAAAGGUCUCUCAGCUACUUCAUUUACACUUGUUUUUGGACCAGAAAAAAGGGCAGGGACAGGGGGCCCUGUCUGAGAGACUAAGGAGCUUUAGCAUGCAGGAUCUCUCGACGAUUCGAGGAGACAGCAGCAGCACUGUUCCUCCUUCAGUCACUGUACGAACAAGUAGCAAACAGAGCCAGCCAAAACCAUCCAGAAGUGCAUCGGAAGGCACUGGCAGCUCAG